AUGCAUGAGUGCCCGCUUCUUUUUCAUCAUUUCAUCAUCGCCACUAUCACUACCACCAUCACAACUGUUACCAGUAUGUACCAAGCGAUGGCAGUAGCAACAGCGGUAGCGACAACAGCGGCGAUGGUAGCAGCAGCAGCGGCGGUGGUAGCAACAACAGCGGCGGUGAUAGCAGUAGCGGAGUCAUGUUCGAAACCAGGCAAAUAG